UCGGACUCCGAGGAGCCAGGAAGUAACUGUGAGCCAUGCAGCUCAUACGACGGAUAAAGUAGCGCGAGCGAGCGUCUGUUGUCAGCAGUCGGAGAUCACACGCGCGAGAGUGAGGAAGAACAACAAGCCAACUGCAAAUAACUGCCAAAUCUAGUGCAGUACAGAUCACAGACCUCACAAGAGGCGAAAUCCGAAGAAGGUUUUAUUUUUUAAAGAACACGAAGCUCACUGCAACACACUCCAUCAUUAGAAGAAGAAAAAAGACGGAAGGAAAUAAGAGCGGGACUGGCGAGUUUCAAGGCAACGCUUCACUGUCUUUGCAAGUUUAGACAAAUACAAUUAACAAAAUUGAUCAAAACGCGUUCAAGAUGCCUCGGGUGGUCCCGGAUCAGAGGAGCAAGUUCGAGAACGAGGAGUUCUUCAGGAAACUCAGUCGCGAGUGCGAGAUUAAAUACACCGGUUUCCGCGAUCGGCCGCACGAGGAGAGGCAGGCGCGCUUCCAGAACGCGUGCCGUGACGGCCGCUCAGAGAUAGCUUUUGUGGCGACCGGCACCAACCUCUCGCUGCAGUUCUUCCCAGCCAACCUUCAUGGGGAUCAGCGGCAGGCGCCCACCCGAGAAUAUGUGGACUUCGAGCGGGAGACAGGAAAGGUGUACCUGAAGGCUCCUAUGAUCCUGAAUGGAGUGUGUGUGAUCUGGAGAGGCUGGAUUGAUCUUCAGCGUCUGGAUGGGAUGGGUUGUCUGGAAUAUGAUGAUGAGAGGGCACAGCAUGAGGAUGCUCUAGCCCAAGCAGCCUUUGAGGAAGCCCGCAGAAGGACUCGUGAUUUUGAGGACAGGGAUCGCUCGCACCGUGAGGACUUGGAGCAGAUGCCGAUGGCACAGCUCAGUCAUUUAAUAACUCAGGAGGACCCUGUGGCAUCAAAAAUCUGGGACUGAUGGCCUUCAAGGACCAGGCCCAGGCGACAGCAGGACCCCAGCCCUGGCUCCAACAUGGGCAACACUGAUGAUCACAAGAUGCGCUAGCGGCAUUCACCAAAGUGGGCAGGGAUGGGGUCAUAAGACCUCCAUCAACACGGCAAUCUCAUCUCCCUAUGCCUUGUUUAUCACAGGACAGACCAAAGUCCACACCGGUGGGGAUUUUCGGGUGGUAACGGCCUGGUGAAGGGGCUGGGUGGGUUGGGCUGGGCUCAGAGAUUCAUUCGCAUUUGAUUCAGUCCCUCGUUUCUUCUUGGGAUUUUUGCACUAUGUGAUACGUUCAGUUUAAGUCCCCCAUAUCGCCUUUCGGUAUGCAUGGUUUUCCUACCUAUGUUUGCUCUUGUUCCCCCCUAUGCAAGGCAUCUUAUUUUGUCCUAUUGUAAUGAAAUGGCAUUUUUUUUCAUUUAUUUUAUUCGUAUUGUGUGUGAAAGUCAGGAUGUUUACUUUUUGUAUUUUCAUUUCCUCUCUAUAUAAACAUGUCUGUCCUUGUGCUUUGUAGGAGAAGCUAGUAAAUGUUGCUAGGUAGAUUUGUGCAGUAGAAUAGAACUUUUUUGAUGUCUAAAAAGAAAAAUCUAGAAAGAGGCUGCUGAUGUUGUGGAUGAGGAGGUCUACCAUCCUUCUCCAUGUGCUCUGUCUUCCACUUCUUCCUGUUACAGUCAGUUGAAACGUGCUUUGAGCGUGAAGCGAGCAGCCGGAAGUGAAUAUUGAGGUCAGUGUUACUCUGAGCGCGAGUUUUUCACCCUACAUCUGCUUGUUGUUUCAUUAAUGUCAAUGUUUUACACAUUUAAUUUGUUUUAAGCAGGCUUUUCAUAGUGUUUUGCUACAUAUUCUAAUUUACUCUGGAAUUUUUAAAAUGAAUACAUUUUUUUGUUCAAUCAUUUAAAAUAAUUCUCCAAAAUGGAGAAAGUUUCACUUCACCAAAUAUCGCAUUUUUGCCACCUACAUUAUUUCAGUUUCUUUUUUUGUUGGUUUUUAUUGAGAUUUGACAUGAAAACUCCUUUCAUUCAUAUAAAACCAGGGGAAUUUAUGCAGUUGUUUGUCAUUAUAAACAAUGCAAUUUGCAAUAUAUGCCAGAUAUGACUCAACCCAAGGAGACCCAAAGAAUAAAUGACAGUAAUAGCUAUUUGCAAAUCAUAUAUCUGUCACUUCCAGACAGAUCUAAAGCUCCUGAACAUUUAAUAUCUGACUCUGUUAUUGCACUGUAUAUGCAAGUAAAUAUAAUCAUAAAUUCACAGACCCUGGGAUAAAAUGUUAUUUUCCACCAGGUCAAAUAGAGGACCUUAGUGCGUCAUGGGAUAACUUUCCCGGUUUUGCCCCCUCCCUGACGACAGCCCUGUUUGAGAUGAUGUAGUGUUUUGGGACAGUCAGUGUGUGACGGGACUGGAUGUUAUAUUUCUUAAGGGAAAAUCUCUGAUAAACAGAAAAGAAAGUAGGAAAAGAAAGAAACCAGUUAUCAUAAACGAACAACAAAUGGAAGCAUUCAUAAAUUGACCUCUUUUGACAUUUGAUUUUGAAUAAUCAAUGUUGAACAUAAUUGCUUGAUUUCAUGUGUAUGUUUUUUUGUUUUAUUUACCACAGCCAGUGGGGUAAGCAUUUAAGGGCCAAGAAUUUUUAUUUGGAUGGGAUGCUGAAGCCCGAAGGUACGGCCUACCUCUAGCUUAAACCAAAUAUACACAAAUGAGAGCUUAUUUAUAAAGAGUGUUGUCUGAGUGUUGAGGGAAAGCUAAUGCUGGUUUAGUAGAACGUUAAAGCUUUAUAUAGUUGGAGUGGGCUUUUAUACCACACAAUGGUCAGAGACUGGGCACCAGGAGGUUAUUGAGGUCUGGAUAUAUUUUGAAGAUGCCAAACCAGAGUCCACAAAACAGUCCUGCUUUAAUUAGUCCUGCAGAUCAACUCUCUGCUUUCUAGGUGUGUCUUAUGCUAUCAAAGAAAUACCCUUGCUGGCCCUCUGUUAGUUUCUUUCUCAUCCCUUUACUUAAUGCUGGCAUUAAGGCAAAAUACACACCAGGUAGUGGAUGGCUCUUUUUUUGUAAUGAAUGAAUAAAUAAAAUGUUUAUUUUCUUAAUUGUUUUAAGUUAUUGAUGCAGGUACACCUUUGUUUCAUUAUCAGGUUCCGCUAUGAUGAAAUGUGUAUUUCUGUAUUGAUAUUGCUUUCCUUUUCCCCUUGGCCCCUUAAGGAACUGGGGAUGCUUUUAUAUGGUCUUUGGUUUUCGCUCUUUUUCUGUUUUUAAUUUUAAGUGAGGAGGACUGUUAACUGAAGUGUUAUGUUUGUUUGUUUGUUUCUUAAUAAACUUGUUACAAACCAUA